AUGGCUUCAAUGGAGCUCGCACUUGCAGCAUUACGUUCAGCGGAUCCUGGAGAAAAGCCUAAUAUUAGUUUGGUUGCAAGAACAUACGGCGUUAGCCAAUCGGGCCUUUAUAAACGUUUUCACGGCGUUACAGGCUCAAAAGAAGAGCAAUACGACAAGCAACGAAUACUCACCACCACGCAAUCAAGAGCGCUUAUAAAAUGGAUAAAUCAACUCACCGAGCGAGGCCUGCCCCCUACAAAUUCAAUGUUAGCGAACUUUGCAAGAGAAAUAUCUGGUAAAGAGCCUGGGAAAAACUGGGCUUCACGCUGGCUCAAGGCUCAUUCGGAUAAGCAAUAUAACCUCGGCCCAGAGCAAAUCUAUAAUAUGGAUGAGAAGGGCUUCAUGCUUGGAGUAAGCACAAAACGGAAAAGAAUCUUUACUCGGCGCAAAUAUGAGCAAGGGGGCUAUAAGCAGCAUCUUCAGGAUGGAAAUCGAGAAUGGAUUACAACAAUUGGUUGUAUCUGUGCCAAUGGAACUGCUUUAGCGCCUAGUCUUAUUUAUAUGGCAAAAUCGGGCUUUAUACAGGAUUCUUGGCUUCAAGAUUACGAUCCCCAAACACAGAGAUGCUUCUUUGCAGCCUCAGAGUCAGGGUGGACUAAUAAUGAUAUCGGAUAUCGCUGGUUGGUGGAUGUUUUUGAUAAAGAGACAAAAUCUCAAGCAAGCCGGGGAUGGCGCCUUCUUAUCCUCGAUGGGCAUGGAUCCCAUGUUACAAUGAAGUUUAUUGAAUACUGCGACUCGAAUCGAAUUCUAUUAGCAAUCUUUCCGGCUCAUGCAACACAUACUUUACAGCCUCUUGAUGUCGCUCUUUUCUCGCCUCUUUCUAACGCUUAUACGAAGCAAUUGGAUGAUUUUAUAAGGGAUAGCCAAGGCUUCACCCGGCUCACUAAACGUGACUUUUUUCGCCUUUUUUGGGCUAGCUGGAAUGAGGUUUUUAUAAGCAAGAAUAUCAAUUCAGCAUUCAGAACGACUGGUCUAUAUCCCUUUGAUCCGGAGAUUGUUAUCAACAAAUUCAACAAGAAAAUCACCAGCCGGCCAUUCUCAAGCGAAUCCGGAGCUUCAAUUAUUCCUCCAGAAGAUUGGAGACGGCUUGAGAAGCUUGUUAAAACUGUUGUUAACAAUAUUUAUGAUGAAAAGGCUGUACAGCUUCGAGAAACGGUGUCACAUCUUUCUACUCAGCUUAUCUUGCUUCAAAAUGAGAAUCAAGGCCUGAAAAAAGCUCUCAUAAAUGCAAAGAAGCCUAAAAACAAGAAACAGCCUUUAUUACUAGGUUUACCAUCAGAACAAGAUGGUGGAGCGCUUUUUAUGAGCCCUACUAAGGUUCAGCAAGCUCGUGAUAUUAUUUCUCAAAAAAAUGACGAAGCCGCGCAGAAGCAGGCUCAUAAAGAUGAUAAAAAGCUUCAACAACAGCUUAAAAAGCAAGCUAGAGAGGCUGAAAAGGUUAAAAGAGCUCAAAUCCGACAAGAAAAACGCGAGCAGCGUGAGCAAGAGGCUGCGGAAAAGCAACGGCUUAAGGACGAGCAAGAAUUGGCUAAGCUAGCUGAUUUACAGCUUCAAAAUGAUGUUAUAUCAACUCCAAAGGCUUCAAAAAGGCCUACAAAGCAAAUUUCUAGGCAAGCAAAGCCAAGAGUGCAACCUGAGGCUCAUGUGGAGGAUAAUGAGGUGGUUGUUACUACAAACCGUAGGGGCCGCGCGAUACGGCCCCCUGCACGUUUUCGCGAUUAACUUUUAUGCUUUUAGAUUCGCCAUAGCUUAUUUAGUGCUACACCAGAAAUUCACUAUAUUUAAUUA